AUGCAACAGUUUCCUCUCCAUUUCGGAGGUGCACUAUGGGAGUUAUCCAGCUAUCCCUGUUGCCCCAUCCUGAGGAGCAAACACAGCCUUUCCACACUGCCGUUCUACAACUUAACUCUAUGGAUCAUUCUUGGGGUGCUGACGUUCCCCUGCUGUGUGCAAUGCCUAAUAUUUAAAGUUGGAGUGGUGGGGCCUUGGAACUGUGACCCUGUCUUCUCCAAAGCACUCCCUGCAGUCGCAUCAAAAUUGGCCAUUAAUAGGAUAAAUGAGGACUUCAGCUUGGACUUGGGCUGUAAAUUGGACUUUGUGGUGCUGCAGGAGCCGUGUGAAACGUCAAAAGCACUGACUUCAUUUGUAUAUUAUGAAAAAUCAGCUGAUGGUUUUGUGGGACCUACAAACCCAGGAUACUGCAACGCAGCGACCCUCCUGGCCAAGAACUGGGAUAAAGCCAUCUUUUCAUGGGCUUGCAUCAACUAUGAGCUGGAUCGAAUUGAAAACUACCCCACUUUUGCACGGACACUGCCGUCACCAGCACGGGUUCUCUUCACCGUGCUGAGGCAUUUCAGCUGGGCUAACAUUGGCAUUGUGUCCUCUAACGAGGAUAUAUGGAUUGACACCGCUAACAAAGUGGCCAGUUCUCUGAGGAGCCAGGGGCUUCCCGUAGGCAUUGUUGCGUCUGUUGGCAACAACGACACUGAGCUAGAGAGCACGCUGAGGGCCAUCCAGAAUGCAGGGGCAAUAAAAGUCAUUAUUAUGUGCAUGCACUCGGUGCUGAUUGGUGGAGAGCAGCAGAUGAACUUCCUGCUGAAGGCUUAUGACAUGGGCCUAACCAGCGGACGUUAUGUCUUCAUACCUUACGAUACUCUGCUAUACAGCCUGCCCUACACUGACGCUGCCUACUUCACAAUGCUCAAUAACACCAAGCUGCGCAAAGCAUACGACGCCGUGCUGACCGUCACUGUGGCUUCUGACCUGAUGUCCUUCAACCAGGCCUUCAAUAUGGCCAAACGACAGGAAGAGCUGAGCGUGUCAUAUGGUCCAGAGCAGGUUUCUCCUCUUUUUGGCACAAUCUACAAUGGGCUGUACCUCAUUGCCAAAGCUAUAAACAAUGCCAGAAGAGCUGGCCAGUGGCUCUCAGGAACCAACCUGGCCUUCUUCACCCGUAACACGACAUUUACCGGCUUCAACCAGAACAUCAAGAUAGACAGCCAAGGUGAUGGGCAGACAGACUACGUGAUUCUGGACUCAGAUGGCUGGGGGACACACCUGUACCUCUGCUAUCUGGUGGAUCUGGGCUCAGAUGUGGUGCGCUUUGCUGGCAAGUCCAUUCACUAUCCGGGGGGUUCCCCUCCCUCUGCUGACUCCAGCUGCUGGUUCGAUCCCAAUGCCAUCUGCACCGGAGGUGUGGAAAUCAUCUAUGUCAUCAUAGUGUUUGUGGUUGUAUUCGUUUUCACUGUUGGUGCCAUCGUGUUAAGUCUGUUUAUAAGGAGGCGAAUCCAACAGAUCCAGUUUGUAAAAGGACCCAAUCGGAUCUUGCUUACUUUAGAAGAUCUUACUUUCAUCAAUCCCCAGCUAAGCAAACGGAAAAUCACCCUGGAAGAACUCAGCGACUCCAAAAGUGUUGUUGAUGAGAAGAGCACCAGAUCAGGAGAUCGCUCCCACUCCGUAAACAGCCUGGCAACAGCAACGUAUGAGAACUCUAAUGUGGCUGUCUAUGAGGGUGACUGGGUGUGGCUGAAGAAGUUCGAAGAGGGCCAAUUCAAGGAGGUCAAGCAGAGCACCACCAAAAUAUUUACAAAGAUGAAGGAUCUCCGGAAUGAGAAUGUUAACCCGUUCCUGGGGUUCUUCUGUGAUUGCGAUGUAUUUGCUGUGGUCACUGAGCACUGCUCAAGAGGGAGCCUACAAGACCUACUGCGCAAUGAAGACGUUAAAUUGGACUGGAUGUUUAAGUCUUCUUUGGUUCUGGACCUCAUCAAGGGAAUGAAAUACCUUCACCACCGAGAAUUCCCUCAUGGACGACUAAAGUCACGGAACUGUGUGGUGGACGGACGAUUUGUCCUAAAAAUAACAGAUUAUGGGUUUAAUGAGCUUCUUGACUCCCAGAAAGCUCCAAGACAAGAGUUUCCUCCAGAAGAUCUGUUUUGGACAGCUCCUGAACUUCUCAGAGACCCCGAGAACUCACGGAGAGGGACAUUUAAAGGUGAUGUGUAUAGCUUUUCCAUCAUACUCCAAGAGGUGGUUGUUCGUGGACCUCCAUACUGCAUGCUUGGAUUGUCUCCUGAAGAAAUAAUUCGGAAGGUGAAGAAGCCUCCACCCAUGUGCAGGCCUACAGUAGCUCCAGACCAAGCUCCGCUAGAGUGCAUCCAGCUGAUGAAGCAGUGCUGGAGUGAACAGCCUGACAGGAGGCCUUCAUUCGAUGAGAUAUUCGAUCAGUUCAAGCUUAUAAACAAGGGCAAGAAGACCAACAUCAUAGACUCCAUGCUGCGUAUGCUGGAGCAGUAUUCCUCUAACCUAGAGGAUCUGAUCAGAGAGAGGACAGAGGAGCUGGAGGUGGAGAAACAGCGGACGGAGAAACUCCUGACAGAAAUGUUGCCUCCGUCUGUGGCCGAGGCUUUAAAAACUGGUGCCACUGUGGAGCCAGAGUACUUCGAUGAGGUCACCAUCUACUUUAGUGACAUAGUGGGUUUCACCACAAUUUCCUCACUUAGUGAUCCCAUCGAGGUUGUGGAUCUACUCAAUGAUCUCUACACAUUGUUUGAUGCAGUGUUGUCUAACCACGAUGUAUACAAGGUGGAAACCAUUGGAGAUGCCUACAUGGUGGCCUCAGGGCUUCCAAAGAGAAAUGGCAAUAAGCAUGCGGCUGAGAUUGCCAACAUGUCCCUGAACAUCCUCAGCUCUGUGGGAAGCUUUCAAAUGCGCCACAUGCCAGAGGUUCCAGUCAGGAUACGAAUAGGCAUUCACUCAGGGUCAUGUGUUGCUGGAGUAGUGGGCCUAACUAUGCCUAGAUACUGCCUUUUUGGUGAUACAGUCAACACCGCCUCUCGUAUGGAAUCUACGGGUCUGCCUUAUAGAAUUCAUGUGAACAUGAGCACUGUGAAGAUUCUCCGCUCUUUGAAUGAUGGGUACAAGAUCGAACUUAGAGGAAAGACAGAGCUGAAGGGUAAAGGCAUUGAGGAAACAUACUGGCUUGUUGGAAAAACUAAUUUUACAAAGCCUUUGCCGAAGCCUCCUGACAUCAAACCGGGGCAUAACUGGCAGGACAUGGUGACAGACGAGAUCAAGUCGAUUUUCCGGAAGGCUAACAGGCAGGUGGACAAGCCUAAAAUCUGA